UUCAAGAAAAGGAAAGAAACAAAACUGCUGCCUUCGCGAGUUUGUUGUUUCUUUGCCAACUCCACUGCACCCAGGCGUCACCGGUUCACUACAGAUUCAGAGGAAGCAAUCUUGAGCUGAACUCUUCUCCAUGACACCCAUCACCCGUGGCCACAAGACGAUGAGCUGAGAGAGCCCACCGUCUCCUCCUUGCUCCUCCCUCGUCCCGACAAGCACAGAGCUCGCCUUUUCCUUUCUUCACACCUUCCUCUUUUCCCCCUCGCCUCGCUGUCUGCGUGCCCAGUACAAUCCGUUCACUCUUUUAUCCCCCACUUCCUCCUCCCACAGUCAGUCACACUGCCUGCUCUUGUCUUCUUGCAUGUCCAGCGGUAUUAUGGAUCAAGAAACCUCGCGAGAACCCCGCCGCUUCAGCCAUCUGUUGCCGCAUUAGUGGGGUUCUGUCCUCCUUCUUGGAUCGCUUCUCGCGAUCGCAUUGCCCGUGCCUUUUGAUAUCUCGUCCCUCCCCUGUUUUGGUUCUUGGAGGUGGGACUGGGAAGUGGCUUGCGGCGGCCGCGGCGACGGCGUUUUUAUUGGGUUUUUUUCUCUUCCUUGAUGAGUUCCGUUGGGAGGUCCUGGGGAUGGGUGAACUGAUUUCUCCCGUUUCUUGUGUUUUUGUUUUGGUUAGGGGUUGCGUUCCUUGAUGCUUAUCUUGUGCUAGAUAGAUGUUUCCACCUACCGGAGGAGGGGGGAUAGGGGGAGCAAUGGCAGGCGACGGCGAACAAUCCGCAAUCGCCGCCGAGGUCGAAGACCUCGAGCGGGGCCGCGCCGGGGAGUUCGUGGGCGAGGACGACGAGGAGGAGGGCAGCCAGUACUUCACGGACGCGGAGGACCGGUCGUGGCCCUCUCACUCGCGCCACGAGUCCGCCGCCUACGAGGACUGCAUCUCGCCGUGCGCGUCCGCUCGCGCGAGCUCCUGCGGCGGCGGCGGCGGCGAGGACUGCGGGAGGUCGUCCUGCGUGUCCGAGUGCUCGCUGGACGACGUCGACCUGGAGGCCGGGCUGGCCGAGAUCAUCAAGGGCAGCCCGGAGAAGGCCGAGAAGAACUGCCGCAUUUGCCACCUCGGCCUCGAGAGCGCGGCGGCUGAGUCCGGCGGCGGCAUCGCGCUGGGCUGCUCCUGCAAGGGCGACCUCUCCUACUCCCACAAGCAGUGCGCCGAAACCUGGUUCAAGAUCAGAGGCAACAAGACCUGCGAAAUUUGCAGCUCAAUCGCAUGCAAUGUGGUAGGUAUUGGCGAUUCGGAAUUCAUUGAGUGGAAUGAAUCAAAUACCACAACAGCUGUGCAAGCACUACCAGCCGAAACUCCGAGAUUCUGGCAAGGGCAUCGGUUCCUCAACUUCCUUCUUGCUUGCAUGGUUUUUGCCUUUGUCAUCUCAUGGCUGUUUCACUUCAAUGUACCGGGGUGAGUUUUGCCGCAUAUGGUCCUCAAUAAAAGCCCCAACGCCAUUACUGCACAUGUGGGUUAGAUUCAGCAAAUCUGAAGAGCAGGCUAAGGUGAAGUAAAGUUGUGAAGAGGUACCCAAAAACAUGGCGGGGCUUGAUGGCCUUAAAUUUGCCUGUGCAUCCGUUCAGACAUGAGCCCUGAUGAGCAUCGUCUGCCCGUUCCAAGAUUUGGGUGAAGGUUGAAGAAGCAAAUUACAGAAGAUCUGUUGUCCCUCGAUUAUCCUUGUCAUGGGUUUGAAGAACAGGAUUGUGUUAGGGUGGUCUUGCUUCUGAAACACUUGCCAUUUUGUUUGCUGAUUUGGUGUGAUCCUGUGCAGAUUUGUUUGUUUAUUAGGCCUGCCCUUCUGUUCCAGUGUUGCUAGACAGGACGAGGUGGUAAUCUAUUGCCAGCUCAGUUCGGAGGAAUGUUUCCGAAAGUAAUAAUAAAGAAAAUGUUGUGAAAUGCUUGAGCUCA